AUGUCCAAAGUCAACGGCCAUGCCGUACAAUCCCAGGCUGCCCGCCGCCGCAUCGAACACCACGAGGCUGACGUCGUGAUCAUCGGAGCCGGAAUUCUGGGCUGUGCCCUCGCAGUCGCACUGGGAAGACAAGGGCGAAGUGUGAUCCUACUGGAGGCGUCUAUGAAAGAACCCGAUCGCAUCGUCGGUGAACUACUCCAACCCGGUGGCGUGCAGGCACUUGAAAAAUUGGGCCUGCUGGAAUGUCUUGACGAUAUUGAUGCGAUCCAGGUGAAGGGAUACUAUGUCUCAUAUUAUGGAGAGCCUGUUCACCUCAAUUACCCUAGGGAGAGCCCCUCCGAGCCCGAACCCCGGGGUCGGGCCUUCCACCAUGGCCGCUUCGUGAUGAAAUUGCGCCAGGCUGCGCUGGCGUGCCCAAACGUAACGGUGAUCGAAACAAAGGCAACAGGACUGGUGACUUCGACGGAAUCGGCACAGGUCCUUGGUGUCGAAUGUGUGACUAAGGAUUUGAAGGAUUGCUACUUUGCUCAGCAAACCGUGAUAGCUGACGGGUACGACUCGAAAUUCCGCAAGGGUCACCACCAACACACCCCAAAGCGCCGCUCGAAGUUCUGGGGUCUGGAAAUGAUUGAUGCUCCCCUCCCUGCUCCCUGCUAUGGCCAUGUCCUCCUUAGCGAAAACCCUCCGGUCCUCAUGUACCAGAUCGGCACACACGAGACCCGGAUUUUGAUCGACAUCCCGGAUAACUUCCCCGGAGCGUCAUUAAAGAAUGGUGGUGUGAAAGGCUAUAUGCGUAAUACAAUCUUACCAUCUCUUCCGAAGGAUGUGCAGCCCUCGUUUUUGGCUGCAUUGGAGAAGGGCCAGCUACGGUCCAUGCCGAACUCGUUCCUGCCAGCGUCCACGAAUAAGACCCCCGGGUUGAUCAUUCUAGGCGAUGCGCUAAACAUGCGACACCCUCUCACAGGUGGUGGAAUGACUGUGGCAUUGAACGACGUAUGCUUUGUCCGUGACCUGCUCAGCCCGGAAAACGUGCCAAGUUUCGAAGAUACAGACCUUGUUCUGAAACAGCUCUCCCGUUUCCACUGGUUGCGGAAGAAGUCCUCAACCGUUAUUAAUAUUCUCGCGCAAGCUCUCUACAUGUUAUUCGCCGCCGAUGAUGAGAACCUGCGAGCCCUCCAACGUGGCUGUUUCCGUUAUUUCCAGAUCGCCAACGUGGAUCAGCCCGUAUUGAUGCUCGCCGGUUUACUUAAACAACCCAUUGUCCUCGUCACCCAUUUCUUCACCGUCGCAUUUCUCUCCAUCUGGGUCCUAUUCCGGGAAACACCAGUGACCCAACUCAUCCUGUUCCCCUUCAAAUCCAUCAUGGUCUUCUGGACAGCUUGUGUCGUGAUUGUCCCAUAUAUUCUCGCCGAGCUCUGUUCUUGA